UUGUUUAGAGUCCAGCUCCAUUGACUUCACAGAGACACACACAAAGACAAACAUAGAUUUAAAAGCCCAGCAGCCUGCAGCUCUCACACUACACACAACACACCGACUCUGAGCUGUGAACAUGAUGCGCAGGACUCUGAUCAGCGUCGGACUGCGACUGAACCGACACCAGGGCACCGGGAUGGGGGCACCGACAGCCGGACUGGGCCCGGACUCCCACCGACGAUAUGCGUCCAGCUCCGCCGCCCCCCCCAGCAGCAGCAGCAGCACCUCCGUGGUGGGAGCCCCCAACAAACUGAAAGCCAUGGACGAGCUGCACGGACCCAAUCUAUUGACCAACCUGUACUGGCUCUUUGUGAAGGGAUACUCACAGACGACUCAACAGAUGCAGAUCGAGCACCGAAAGAUCUACGGUCCGCUGUGGAAGUCGGAGAUAGGUCCUCUGACCAUCGUGAACGUGGCUCAGGCAGACCUGAUAGAGCAGGUUUUGAGGCAGGAGGGGAAACAUCCGAUCCGGACCGACAUGCCCCACUGGAGGUUGUACCGAGAGAUGAGGAACCAGGCCUCUGGACCCCUGACCGAGAUGGGGGCCAACUGGCAGCGGAUCCGCAGUAUCCUGAACCCGCGGAUGUUGAUACCCAAACACGUUUCCUCCUACACUAACACCAUCAACGAGGUGGUGACAGACUUUAACGACAGACUGGCCUGGGUGAGGGAGAAAGACGGCCAGGGAGUUAUGGUCAAUAACCUGACGGAGGAACUCUACAAUUUUGCUUUUGAAGGUAUCUGUUCAGUGUUGUUUGAGACACGUAUGGGCUGCUUGAACGAGGUGUUGCCUGAGGAAACCAAAAAGUUCAUUACCUCCGUUGGGGAAAUGUUCCACCUCUCGCAGGUCGUGAUCCUCUUCCCGAAGUCUGUGUGGCCCUACCUUCCCGCUUGGAAACGGUUUGUGGCGGUCUGGGAUCACCUCUUCAAAGUGGCUGGGGAGUUGGUGCAGAAGAAAAUGGAGGAGAUCCAGGAGAAGGUGAAACUGGACCAGCAGGUGGAGGGAGCGUACCUCACACACCUGCUGUUCAGCGACAAGAUGACGAUCCCUGAGAUUCUGGGAAGCAUGACUGAGCUCCUGCUGGCAGGAGUCGACACGACCUCCAACACUAUCUCCUGGGCUCUGUACCACUUGGCAAAGCUGCCAGAGAUCCAGGAACAGUUGUACCAGGAAGUGAUAGGAGUUUGCCCCGGAGACAAGAUGACGACCAGUGAGGACAUUGCUCAGAUGCCAUACCUGAAGGCCAUCAUCAGGGAGACGCUACGGAUGUAUCCAGUGGUGCCAGGAAACGCCCGCGUCAUUGCUGAAGACGAUGUUGUGGUGGGAGAUUACGUCUUCCCAAAAAAUACGUUGUUUCACCUGUGCCAUUACGCUGUGUCCUAUGACGAGAGCGUCUUUCCCGACCCUCACACCUUCAGACCGCAGCGAUGGCUCCGUGGAGAGGUGGAGAGGGUCAAGCAUCACCCGUUUGGGUCGGUGCCGUUCGGUUUUGGGGUCCGGGCGUGUCUGGGUCGACGAGUGGCAGAGCUUGAGAUGUAUCUCCUCUUGUCCAGGUUGAUAAAACGAUACGAGGUGAGGCCGGACCCUACUGGACAGACAGUGAAGCCCAUCACCAGAACCCUGCUCUGCCCUGCUAAACCAAUCAACCUGCAGUUUCUGGACAGGAGGCGCUAGAGGGAGGAGGCGAGCGUGGGGGCAGCAGAGGGAGGAGUUUCUCUGUGAACUGGCUUAGUAUUCCCUUGGUGUAGCCUGCCUGUCAGCGGACACCACGGCUCAGAUACAGAGAAGUGGCUGCGUGGAAUGUGCCAAAACUGUGACUUAGAAUAUAAUCUGGGUGGAGAAGUAACUUGAACAGUAAGGAAUAAAAUGCAGUGUGUAUAGACAUUUUUAAAGUUUUAUGUAUGUAAAUACGGAAUCUUUUACCUAGUGUGAGUGUGAAGAGUUUUGUCCAUUUUCUUCAGCUGUUGCUUCACAGCAGGAAGAAUUUGAUGACCUUGACUUUGAGUGAGAUUUCCUUUAGUUUCCACAACACAAAAUGCAUCAAUUUAAGGUAUUCAGCACAAAUCUGUUGGUACUCUAUAUUUUGAUUGUUGUCCACAAACCCUGUGAGCAACUUUGAAUAGUUUCCAACUAUCAACUUAAAACGUAUUCUGGAAAAAAUUUUAAGAGGGUUGGCAAAAUGGCUAAACGGUGUCUUCACAAAAAUCGAUACACAUGUGUAUCUUGACCAGACAAACAAAAAAGUCUAUAGGUGCAAUUUGAAAAACGCGACAGGAAGCCUGCUAUUUUGCAUUUAGUGGCCAUUUUGGCCAUAUUUGUAUUUUAUUUCUUAUUGAAUUCAAGAACACAUCUUUUUCCAGGAAGAGAAAUCUGGUCAAAACGGCAGCUCAGCAUAAAGACUCAAGUACCAGACAGAGGAAGAGUUUGAUAAGCAAAACACUUAGCAAGAUGCUUUACAGGCAGAAUGGAUGGGAAUGAGUGAUAGAGGGGAGAGAAAAAUACAAAAUAAAAUAAAAUAGAUAAAUUAUUACAAAACAAGGAUUAUCUCUGUAGAAAGGAGGAUUCAAAAAUCAGAAAUGCUUCAAAUAAAUGUAUUAAUACUGAGGCUUCACUACCUGUUAGGUAGUACACUUAUACUUCUCCUUGGGAGAAUGUCCUUUGUCCUUUUUUUUAUUAUUUGUUAUUUAUCAUCAUUGUACUCGGUCUUUUUUUUUUUGAACUUCUUUUUAUUUCCUUUUGUCAAAUACAGUCAUACAGUACAUCGUUUUUAACAUGAAAUUAGGUAUCACGGGUUCAAGUCUUAGGUUACUGGGGUUAACUGUCCAUGUAUGUCUCGGGUCCAGGCCAUCAUGAUCCAAAUAUAUCAAAAUCAAGUUACCGAUUAACAAUGUCCACAGACACAAUACAUUUCACAUAACAUUUCAUCAAGACAUUAUUCUGAAAUAGUAUGACCUGCAUAUGCCCAUUGCUUAAAAGGGGAAAAAAAGGGAAAACAAAAGCAAUAUAUAUAUAUAUAUAUAUAUUGCUCAUAUCAGAUGGAAAUGUAGAGCAAUCGGGGACCAGUUGUUUUUAAAAACCUCUAUUUUCAGUUGUAAUAGUGCAGUCAAGUAUUCCAUCCUGUACAUAUCUUGAAUUCUACCCCUCCAUUGGGUUAUUGUGGGGGGCUGUGGCUUCAGCCAGGAGGCUGUUAUUAGUUUAUUUGCUAUUAAAAGAAGGACUCUCAGAAGUUUUGUCUGGCUAUUUUCUUCAAGGUUAUCAGGCAGUAUCCCUAAAAUGAAGUGUGAUGGUUCUAAUGGUAUGUCUAUAAAUAAACAAGUUUUUAUUUC